AAAGAGACCUGUUAUUCGCACAGUGUCGCAAUAGGAGAGUUAAUACCAUAGGGCGAGUCGAGUGCUCCCCGUCAUUUCAUAUAAGCGGCGCUACCUGACUGUAGCAAAUCGAGCACACCGCAAAACUUGUCGGAUUCUGAAGGACUUAGGUGAACAUGGAUAUUCCUUUGCAACUGGUGCUGACCAUCAUGCUGGUCAGUGUAGUGGUCAAGUCAAGAGCUCAGAUUCACCAGGCUCCAAGAAUCUAUCAUUUGCACGUCCAUUCCGAGGUGAAGAUGAGAUUUGCAAGCACCUUGGUGACAAGCAAAGUGGCCAACCCAGGAGGCGAACCGCGCGAGGCAACAUUUGACGUCACACUUCCGAAGGAGGCGUUCAUAACAUCAUUUCUUAUGGAGAUAGGCGGUAAGAUAUACCCCGGGGAUGUGAAGGAGAAGGAGGCAGCGCUCAAACAAUACCAGAAAGCGAAACAGACUGGACAGAGCGCUGGGCACAUCCGCCGACGGCCAAGGGAGACAAACCAGUUUCAAGUAUCUGUCAACGUCGCUGCUGAAAGUAAAGUGACGUUUAACUUGACGUACCAGGAAUUGUUGAAGCGCACGUUUAGUUACUAUGAGAACGUCAUUUUCAUCGACCCCGGGCAAAUUGUCGAUGACAUGCGCGUGUUUGUGAUCGUCAAGGAGAGCAGACCAAUCAUAAAGUUUCGGGUACCUUCGGUAUCGAAUGAUAUUCCAAACUCUGUGGACACACCGGUUGGAGAAGAAAAUGUAACUAUCGGCUACCCUGACCAGAACACGGCCUAUGCACUGUUUGAACCGGAUGUCGCUGAGCAGAGGAGAAGAUCCGAACAGGGAAUAUCCGGGAAGUUUAUUGUGCGAUACGAGAUUGAGAGGCAGUCGGACUCUGGAGAUGUCCUGGUUGUAGAUGGCUAUUUUGUACAUUUUUUUGCUCCAACCGGAAUCGAACCUAUGCCAAAAGACGUAGUGUUCUUACUGGACGUGAGCGGAUCGAUGCAAGGCCGGAAGUUGAAACAGAUGCAGGACGCUAUGGGUCGUAUCCUAGAUGAUCUGGGGGAAAACGACAGGUUCAACAUUCAACUGUUCUCAAAUACAGUGAAAGCUUUCCGAUACAUCCUGCAGAACGUCACAGCAGAAAAUAUAAUGGAGGCAAAAAAAUACAUAAAAAACGCAAGGGCAGAUGGAGGUACUGACAUCGAUUACGGUUUAGCCCGGGCUCUCAACGUCCUGCGGAAAGCCCGUGAUAACAGUUCCCGGACACAAAUCCUCGUGUUUCUAACAGACGGUGACGCCACUUCAGGUGUUACGGGUGAAGGGUCUAUUCUAAACAAUUUAAAAAGUCGCAACACUAUUUCGGUACCAAUAUUUUGUUUGGCGUUUGGUAAAGAUGCCAACUUUAACCUGUGUAAGUCUACUAGUCUAGAGAACUUCGCAGUAGCACGAAGAAUCUACGAAGAUGCCGACGCGUCAUUACAGAUCAGUGGCUUCUAUGACGAAGUGUCUAUUUCCUUGUUGAAAAACGUUUCUUUUCAAUACUUAGGCGACGCUGCUCGAAAUGGGAAUAUAACCACGUCAGAUUUCAACACCUAUUAUGCGGGAUCAGAGCUAGUUGUUGCAGGACAACUUGAAAACAGAAACGCAACUUCCAUAGAUAUUGAAAUAACAGGUCUCGGGACGAAUGGUGCUGUAGACUUUCUGACGACCGUAAAUUCUAUUGAAUUAAAUCUACCCCCUUCCACUGACAUCAUAAUUGAAGAUGACGUCACGCUCGAGCACGGCGACUCAGGCCCGGGUAGCGAGGACAUUGCAAAAAUAUCUGACCUUGACCCCACCGUAGCCAGGUCGAUCACGGAGAAAAUGUGGGCAUACCUUACAAUUAAACAGCUGCUCAGCAAGAAAGAUGCGACGGAUGACAAGUCCGAGAUAGAGCAGCUCCGGCAACGGAUCCUCGAUCUGUCGCUAAAGUACCAGUUUGUAACGCCAUUGACGUCCAUGGUUGUGACGAAGCCAAACGAGGAAGAUCACCUCAGUUCAUUCAGUGAUAGCGACGGUUCAAGGUCACAGCCAGCCCUUCCAGUCGCGACUCCAUCUCCAAGAGGNCAUUUGCUGGAUAGAUAG